GAGCAAAGGAGAGAUUUUAAUUUAAUGCAAGAUAGGAUGUUGAAGUUUGGUAAUGUGGUAUUGUCUGUAUUGUUAUCUGUUUCAGUGAUAUCUCCAUGGCUACCAAUCUCAGUGUGUGCAAAGAAAGAAGCAGCAAGGAAAGAGGACAUUCCAUACAUCAAAUGCCAGGUCUGUGAGAAGCUUUCUUAUCAACUGUACCACCAAGUUCAGAGUAAACAAGCUGAUAUUUCACCCAAGAAGAUGUCUGAGUAUCAGAUAAUUGAGAUUACAGAGAAUGUUUGUAAUCUAAAGAAGCAGGAAGGUGAUUGGAUUCUGAAAAUUGAUAUUGUAGAACAAGGAGAUAGAUUGGAGCUCGUUGAACAAGAGUAUGAAGGACAAUGUAAUUCGGAAUGCAAAACCAUUGAACGCGCUUGUCAAGAGGUUAUGGGGUAUUCUGAUACUGACAUAGCAGAGUAUUUGUACAAUAACAAGCCCCAGCUUGAUUCUUUGCUAAAUUUUCUGUGCAAAGAUGUAUCCAAAGCAUGUAGUAGUAUGCCGCCACCGGUUGCUAAGGAUAGGGCAGCAGGAGAAGCUUUUGUUCCUGCACCCCCGAAAGAUGCAGAAGCGGAUAAGAUAUUAAGAUCCAUGGAGAGUAUGCCAGGAGUACCCAUAAUGAAAAUGUACUCGCGGGAUGAUAUAUUGAACCGGAAUUUUGGUGAUGAAGAUGAAGAUGAAGAUGAAGAUGAAGACAAUGAUGAUGACGCUGACUUCCCUUCAGAUUUGGGAAAACUUGUGAAAGAAAAACAGACUAAAAAGAUGCUGGACUGGAAGCAGAAGAUCAGGAAAGGGAUAGAGGAUGCAGGCGAGGCGGUAAAGAAGCAUGCAACCAAGGUCUCUAACCAGUUUAGCAAGUGGUGGAGAGCAAAGAAGGAUGAAUGGGAGAAGACGACUUACAAGCAUAGUAAAGCUGCUGAGCUCUAGUAGUAGUGUUCUCAGCAGGCGGCAGCAGCAGAUUCUUAAUUGGGGCAACAAACGGUGUCUCUCAUAUAAGAAAUAGGAAUUUGUCUCUUAUUCCAGUUUGUCUCAUAUAAA